AUGGGCGCCGUAGGAAUGCUGUGCAAAGGCUUCCUUGGCCUGAACAGCGUGGAAACACAUGGGAUGGAAAAGUUCUUGAGGUUGCUGGACGAGCGGCAAGACGUUAAUGGGCGUGAGAGAGGGCUGAUCACUGUCGCAGAGUCGGAGAAUGGCGCUCACAAAUGGUCUUUACCCACCAUAACGCAGGCCAUUCGUCUCCUCUCGCGCGGCCCGUUCCUCCUCGAAAACGAUCCUCCCAAAAAGCCAACCGCAUCGCCUAAGAGCCCCGAUCUUAUCGAUCCUUUCAGCGAAGGGCAUCUUACAUUCUCGACGAACGGCGAGGACACAUUCCCAGCGCCGUCAGCAUAUGUGAGCCGACGACACGCCUGGGUGCACAUCUUCCCAGAGGGCAUGGUUCAUCAGUCCGAGGAUAGGAUCAUGCGCUACUUCAAAUGGGGAGUUUCGCGGCUCAUUUUGGAGAGCGAGCCGAUGCCUGACAUCGUACCAAUCUUCAUCGAGGGCUUCGACAAUAUCAUGCACGAGACGCGCGAGUUUCCAAGAUUCAUACCGCGGCCCUUUAAAAACGUCAGGGUCACGUUUGGUGAAAAGCUGGAUACAGAGGAAGUCUUUGGAGACCUGCGCAGGCGAUGGGAGCAGAUGCGCGCGAAGGAAGAGAAAGCUGGAGGGCGGCUUGAGGUUGGUGUACUAAAUGAUGCACUAAAGUACUCCCAGGAGGCUGUCAGCAUCAGAAAGGAGUGCACGCGCAGGAUGCGACAAGCCGUGCUCGACCUAAGGCGGCUGCGAGGGUACCCCGAGGAUGACCCAAAGAAUAGCCUUGCGCAAACGUGGCUGCGUGAGGGGCCGGAAAGAGAAGGGCGCAAGGAAGACGGCAGCUUGACGAAGGAUACGUGA